AAUUGCCAAUCACGCGCUCACGGGGACUGGAGAGGAGUAGAUGGAAGCAAGCGGCGGCGGUCGAGGCGUCCACGGCCACGACCGGCAGCUCGCCAUCGUAAGAGCAGCGGAGGUGGAGGAGCCGCCGAUCUGAUCUGUUCUGUUCCUAGGCGUGACCGUGUCCCGUCAGGCGGGGAGCUCUGGAGGCCAUGGAGAGGGAGCCUGUCGAGGGGGCGGAAGAGGAAGAGGAGGAGGUGGCGUGCGAGUGCUGCGGCUUCACGGAGGAGUGCACGGCGCCGUACAUCGCUGGCGUGCGCGCGCGGUACGGCGGGCGGUGGAUCUGCGGCCUGUGCGGGGACGCGGUGGGCGAGGAGCUCGGGCGCGCGUCCCCUCCCAUCUCCCCCGCCGAGGCGCUGGACCGCCACGCCUGCGUCUGCCGCGGGGCGUCCGCGCCGCCGUCGCCCGCGGGCAGCCCCGACGACCUCAUCGCCGCGCUGCGCCUGCUCCUGCGCCGCAGGCUCGGGUCCCCGCCGCCGCCCACGGCGCCCAGGAAGGCGCGCUCCACGCCCAGCAGCCCCAGGCGCGACGCCUCCCCCGGCGGCAUCUCCGUCGUCGCGGCCGUGGCCGUGGCCAACGGGGGUCCCGGGAGCUCGCUGGCGCGUACCGGGAGCUGCUUCGCCGCGCUCGUCGAAUGACGAAGAAAUCGAAGAUGCUUGAUGCAGAGGGAAAAACAGGGUAGUCUCUUUUGCCUUGAAUGUGUAUUUCUGCUUGUUUCUCUCUACGGAGGAGUACGCAGUGUACUAGCUAGCAGUUGCUACCAGGCUUUAAGAUAAGAUCAAUAAACAUGUGUAUAUAUUGGGAGGAAGAUCGACGAACUGUAUUAUGUUAAAUAUAUACUUCUAUGAGAAAAGGAAGUAAUUCCAUGUUUUUCUCAGGUACGGAUCAGUGAAUCUACUACGUUUAUUUA